UCAUAUUUCCAUUUAUGUCUCUAUGAUUCUAUCAUUAAAAAGAAGAUUAUAUAAAUCAAUUCUGGUUGAUUUUACCAUCUACUUGAUUGACUUUCAAAUGUGCCUUAAUUGAUUUUCAAAUCCAAUAAUUUAAUUAGAAAUCAAUUAAUGAUAUACACAGAUGUGUAAAUAAAGUUCAGAUUCCAUAAAUCAGUUUAAGUUAGAAAGUAUAUUUUUAUUGGAUUAAAACUUAAAAGAGAAAAAAAAAUUCUAGAACAAACCGCGUAAUUUAACAAGAAAACACUUGAAAUUCUAGAAAAUCAUCUCUUAAGUUAUCAGCGUAUAAAUUUAACAAGAAAACAUUAGUAAGAUUCUAGAAAACGGUCUCUUUAAGUUGUCAGCCUGCAUCUUUAUACGUUGCAAUUAAACCGUUUAAUUUAGCUCCAACGGAAAUAAAACAAAUUAUAACGUUGAAAAAAUAAAAAGAAUUCAACAGAAGGAAGAAAUAAAAAGGACGGGCAGUUCCCAAAUUAGGUCUCACCGUUCCUUUAUUUCCUCUUCCGUGGCCAUCAAACUUCCUUGGUUGCUCUCUCGUUACCUCUUUCUCUAAAGAUUUUUUUUGCCAUUUAGAAGAGUGUAUCGAAUCUCUCCCUUCCUCUAGUAAGUAUACAAAUAUAUCAUUUUUAUGAUACUUGUAUAAAUUUACUUCUAUUAUCUUCCAUUUGAGAUUCUCUUUUCCUUCUUAAGGACAAAUCAAUUCAAUCAAAUUGUCUCCUCUGUGUUUGAUGGGUUCAUAAUUUUCCCAUUUUCCUGGAAUUAAAGAGAGAAAAAAAAAAGUUUCUCUCUAUCGUUCCUAUUAAUAAUCUUGGAGAAAAAAAAUCCAUUUAUUCUAUUGCAAGAAUCCUAGUUUUAUUAUUCUUUUCCUGUGUAAGGGUUCCAAGGAGCUAGGUUUGGUGAUAUUGUUUGAACAUCAUCUCAAACCAGCUCUUCUGAAUCCAUUUCUUUCCGCUUAUUGUUUUUCGAAAAGUUCAUCACUAAAAGAAAAAUGAGGUGUUUCUCUUGUCUCGACACACGAACCAAGGAUAUGAGAAUCAACAUUGAUACCACAUCUUACCUAACCAGUGGUUCCUCAGUUGAUACAAGAAGCGAUGCAACAGGAGGAGGAGCAGGGUCGAAAUCUGGCAUUUUAGUUAAUGGGAAAGUGAAUAGCCCUAAACCAGGGGGUGGCGCAAGGAGUUUCACGUUCAAGGAGUUAGCCGCCGCAACUAAGAAUUUCCGGGAGGUGAACAUGAUCGGAAGAGGAGGGUUCGGUAGUGUCUACAAGGGACGCUUAUAUUCAGGACAAGUUGUGGCGAUCAAGCAGUUAAACCCAGAUGGGAAUCAAGGAAAUCAAGAAUUCAAAGUCGAGGUUCGCAUGCUUAGCGUCUUCCAUCAUCCAAACCUAGUAACUUUAAUCGGUUACUGUACUUCUGGUGCCCAGAGACUUCUUGUUUAUGAAUACAUGCCAAUGGGUAGCUUAGAAGAUCAUCUUUAUGAUCUUGAGCCUGAUCAGAGUCCUUUAAGCUGGAACACUCGAAUGAAAAUAGCUCUUGGUGCAGCUCGUGGGAUGGAGUAUCUUCAUUGUAAAAUAAGCCCAUCAGUGAUAUACCGUGAUUUGAAGUCCGCAAACAUUUUGUUAGACAGAGACUUUAGUCCCAAGCUAUCUGACUUUGGACUUGCUAAAGACGGUCCUGUCGGUAACAGAACACAUGUGUCGACUAGGAUCAUGGGUACGUACGGAUACUGUGCUCCAGAAUACGCCAUGAGCGGCAAGCUAACCAUCAAAUCAGAUAUAUACUGCUUUGGUGUUGUGUUACUCGAGCUUAUUACUGGUAGGAAAGUUAUUGAUUUGAAUAAACCACAUGGAGAGCAGUACCUUGUUGCAUGGGCUCGGCCGUAUCUCAAGGACUCUACGAAAUUGGGACAACUUGUGGACCCGUUGCUGCGUGGAAAGUACCCUAAGAGGUGUCUUAGUUGCGCGAUAUCUAUCACCGAGAUGUGUCUGAACGAGGAAGCGAACCGACGUCCGCAAAUAGGUGAUGUCGUGUUGGCUUUUGAGUAUAUAGCUGCCCAGAGCAAAUCUUACGAAGAGAAAAGAAUGGCUCGCAAGUCUACGGACUCUGACCGGUCAAGAGGAGAAAGAAAACAGAGUUUCUAAGUUUGUGUCAACAAAUCUGAAAGGCUCUGAUAGA